AUGACCGCCAGACAUCUCGGGCACCUGACCCUGCUGGCGGUUUCGCUGCUUGCGAGUGCACAGUACCCCUUGGUUCCGCCAGAGAUCUCUGAGCAGUGCCUCUGUGCUGAGGAGGAAGGUUCUGGAUGGAGCAGUGAAGAAAAUCGCUGUUUGUCGAGCUCGGUGACCAGUUGCUUGGAAUGUCCCACUCGCCAAAGCUGCGCUCAGAUCGUGGAUUUGGCAGGGGAUGGGCUUCAGAUUUUUUAUGGUGACUGCCGUGGUGGUAGUAGCUGCGUGCCGGCGACUGAAUCUUCCUUUGGCUUUGCGGUGAGCAUUGCAGUGGAUCAGCAGAACAACGUGUAUUUCUCCGAUCAGGGCAACAAUCGCAUCCGCAUGCUCGACGUCAGCCAGAAUGCUUUGCUGACGAUUGCCGGUACUGGUGGUGUUGGCUUUGCUGGGGACGGUGGCUUGGGUCGUGAGGCACUGCUGAGACAUCCGGAAGGUCUCGCCUUGAAACCAAACCUAGCAGAUGGUCAAGAGGUCUACUUCGCAGACUUCUUGAAUCAACGCCUAAGAAAGCUGGUGAAAAGCGGUACCGGUAACGAUUGGUAUAUUUACACAGUUGCCGGCACUGGGGUCAUGGCGACGGAUGAUUCUUGCGACACAGGAUGUGUGGCGGUGCAAGCUAGCCUGUGGAACCCAAGGGCAUUAGCCUUCGCUUCCAAUCAGGAUCUGUAUUUCCUGGACUCUGGAAGCAAGAAGAUCAUGAAGCUCAGCACCAGCAUCGGCGAUCCCAGCCAAAACCCUGCUGCAAUGAUGAUCACAUUCGCAGGACAUGGCCUUCCUGCUGGAGCCAAUUCCCUGGAGGGCAGCUUAUGGCCAUCCUUUCGUGGCAUUGCGAAGGUGGCUCUACCUGGCCAUUACAGUGUGCCAAACAGUGCCCUGCUGCUCAGUGCC